CUCUCUCUCUCCUCAAUUCUGCUCUUUAUCAAAACAACGGCGCGGGCGAACCCAUCUCUCCCUCCUUCUCUCUCUCUAUAAGUACACACUCUCUCCACCAUUCUCUCUCUCAGACUUUGUGUUUGAAAUUUGAGUACACAUUCGAAGUAUUCAGAGAGUUUUCGUCUCGUGUACAGAGAAUUUUUGUAUGUAUUUAUAUUUAUAUAGUCAUACACACGCAAUAACAGCUGAAGAACCAACCCGGUUUCGCCUCACUCCACCACCGCCAAACUGAACCACCAGGUGGCCGGUUUUCCUUAAAAAACCGGGUUUUUUUUCCUGGGUUUUGCUGUUGAACUGUGGGUUGGUGGCGGCGCCGGUGGUGGAGGAGGUGGGUUGUGGUGGUUGAUUGAUAUAAAUGGACGGUGAAUGAUUUGGUGUUGUGGGUAUUUGAUAGAUUUGGAUGAGAAGGUGAAUUUGAUGCUGGUUCAAAUUCUGGGUUCUAUUUUUUGGUUUCUGAUCGGUGGUUUCUUCAGGAGAUGAGUAUUGGGAGUUUUAUAUUCUGAGGUUGAUUUUGAUUUGAGUGUGUUCUGAAUCAAAAACCUUGACCAAUCUUGGAGUAUAAUAAAACCCAUCAAAAUUAUCCAUAAAUGGAUUGAAGAAUUUAUCCAUUGGAUGAAAUGUUAAAGACUUUAGCAUAUGGGCUGUUGAUUUCGUCGUUCCUCUUUUCUAUUUCUGCUGCUGAUAAUGGUUUCCCCCGAUGCGAUUGCAACGAGGAAGGGUUUUGGAGCACUGAAAACAUUUUAACAUGUCAAAAAGUGAGUGAUUUCUUGAUUGCAGUGGCCUAUUUCUCUAUCCCAGUUGAGCUUCUUUACUUUGUUAGUUGCUCAAACGUCCCAUUCAAAUGGGUACUCUUUCAAUUCAUUGCGUUCAUUGUUCUCUGUGGGAUGACCCAUUUGCUCAAUGGUUGGGCUUAUGGUCCGCACCCAUUUCAGCUAAUGCUAGCCCUCACCAUUUUCAAAUUCCUCACCGCUCUUGUCUCUUUUGCCACUGCUAUAACACUCAUCACUCUCAUCCCUUUGCUUCUAAAAGUGAAAUUGAGAGAAUUCAUGUUGAGGAAGAAAGCUUGGGAUCUUGGUCGAGAAGUUAGAAUCAUAAAGAAGCAGAAAGAAGCCGGAUGGCAUGUUCGGAUGCUUACCCAAGAGAUCCGCAAGUCACUCGAUCGCCAUACGAUUUUGUACACAACUCUGGUCGAGCUAUCUAAGACACUAGAUUUGCUGAAUUGUGCUGUUUGGAUGCCUAAUGAGAUUAAAACAGAGAUGAACCUGACCCAUGAAUUGAAUAGGAGGAAUGCUUCAAACAUGUAUAAUGUCUCUAUCCCAAUUAGUGACCCCGAUGUUAGAGCGGUCAAAGAGAGUGAAAGAGUGAAGAUACUUGGACCUGACUCGGCACUUGCUUCUGCAAGCCGUGGAGGGUCCGUGGAGCCUGGAGCUGUGGCUGCUAUUAGGAUGCCAAUGUUGAGGGUAUCUAACUUCAAAGGUGGGACUCCUGAGAUGGUUCAGACUUGUUAUGCUAUAUUAGUUUUGGUUCUUCCUGGUGAGCAAGAUAGAUCGUGGAGCAAUCAAGAACUCGAGAUUGUGCAGGUGGUUGCCGAUCAGGUUGCUGUGGCUGUCUCCCACGCUGCAGUACUUGAAGAAUCCCAGCUUAUGAGAGAGCAACUGGUUGAGCAAAAUCGAGCCUUGCAACAGGCAAAACAGGAUAUAAUGAUGGCAAGCCAGGCUAGGAACUCGUUUCAAAAGGUAAUGAGUCAUGGUAUGAGGAGACCUAUGCACUCAAUUUUGGGUUUACUUUUGAUGAUGCAGGACGAGAAUUUGAGUGGCCAGCAACGGAUUCUUGUUGAUGCGAUGGUUAAGACGAGCAAUGUCCUCUCAACCUUGAUAAACGACGUAAUGGACAUGUCAAUUAAAGAUAAUGGAAGGUUCCUAUUAGAAAUGAGGUCUUUUGGGCUACAUUCAAUGAUAAAGGAAGCCGCUUGCCUUGCCAAGUGCUUGUGUGUUUUUAGGGGAUAUGGAUUUGAAAUUGACAUUGAGAAGUCUUUGCCUGAUCAUGUUAUGGGUGAUGAGAGAAGGGUUUUUCAGGUGAUUUUGCAUAUGGUUGGAAAUCUUUUGAAUGGAAACAAUGGAGGUGGUUUUGUAACGUUGCGGGUUUACUCAGAUAAUGGAAGUCAGGCAAGGAAUGAUCAAAGAUGGGCAACAUGGAGAUCGAGCUCCUCUGAUGGCUACGUUCAUGUCAAGUUUGAAAUUGGAAUUAACCAUAAUGCUUCUCAAUCAGAUGGUUCCAUGUCAAGAGCACAGUUUGGCAGUAGGAUGUACAGCAAUGAGAGAGUUGAAGAAGGCUUGAGCUUUAGCGUGUGCAAAAAGCUUGUACAGGUGAGAAUGAUGAACGUGUUCAUAUAUGUGUGUAUGUUUUAUGAGCUAUUUGUCACUAGUUGCUGUAGAAUUAUAUAAAACUAGGCAUUUAAGCAUGUUUAUCUAGUCUCUCAAAUUAACAAAACCUUUCUGGUUCAUACCCUGGUCUAUUUUUGUAAAAUUUGGGUAUCAUUAAUGAUCAUAGUGAUUUUUUUUUAUUUUA